AGCGCAGCUGCGUUCAUUGAAAUUAAACUCACGAAAAGUGAAGGACAAGAGCUGAGGCUGUCGCUCUCUCUCGCUCUCACAUACACUUUCAGACAGCCGUAGGGCAACUAUUGCUGGUUUCGCUUCUCCGUCCUUUUCUUUUCCGUUCCCUUCUUCCUUCUCCAUGUCGUCAAAUCCUUCUUCCCCUCUCUGCAGCUCACCCGCAUCCACGAGCUUUGCGCCGUCGUAUCUGCUCUCCUUCACAAGCCGCUACCUUCGCCUCUCCCAAGCCGCCUUUGUCAUCUCCGACUACCUCGUGCGAAAGCUGCGGCUGGCGGAGAGCGCGUUGCUCACGUCGCUGUGCUAUUGGCACGAGUUUGUCGCCGUGCACGGCAUGCGCAAGGUGAAUGAGGUCGUCCUCGCCACGACGUGCGUCUUCCUCGCCGCCAAGGUGGAGCACGCGCACUUUCGGCUGGUGCGGCUGGUCGAGCUCGCCUUUGAUCUCGAUGCCAGCACUCCACAGGCGGAGGUGGAGCAGUGGUGCCGCGCGGUGCUGGACGUCGAGUUGGUGCUCUGCGACACCAUCAACUUCGACUUCGUUCGCUUUUUCCCGAUGGCCGACACGUUGAAUUCGCUGAAGGCCCUGGCCGGCGCAGGGAGGUUGGAGGAAAAGGCCCAGCAGGCGAUCAGCACCGCCGUGCGCCGCGUUUUUCUCUUUUCUUUUGUGGCGCCGCUCUGCACGAAGGUUUCCAUGCGGCGUCUCUGCACUUCCAUCCUCUACAUCAUUGUAACGAUGGGGUAUCGCGAGCUGGUGCCGGCCCUGCAACCCAUUUGGAGUGCUCCGGAGGCGGAGCUACCGGAUGAGACGGAGUUGGAGGGCAUCACAAACGUUUUGAUGGACGUCUUUGCGUAUUUGCACAAGAAGUUUGGGGUGCCGGCGUUGGACGACAUCAACGAGGCGCGGUGCAGGCGGCGUCAGUCGCUGCAUGGCAACGAGGCGGGAGUGAUGAGCUCUGUCUUCAGCAGCGCCAGCACCGACUUCACCCCCCUCUUGAAAAUGGCGGAGCAGUAA